GACUUGAUCAUCCCCUGGAUCAGCGUGUCUAAAAAGAAGAUAAAUAAUCUCAUGCUGAUGACUUGUAUUUUGUUCUAUUGAAGGCUAGUGAUUGGUAAUAAAAAAAAAAAUAAGAGAAAAAAGGAAGACUCAUAAAAGAAGAAGAAGAAGAAGGCAAAUACUCAAUAACAGUCUACGGACAUGGAACCGGAGGUAUAUUCUUCUAGCGGCGGCGUGAGGAAUCUUGAAGCGUCGAUUAAGGCGUGGCAUUUCCAGAUAGCAGUCUAUUUCGCCUUCGGAUUCUUCUUCUUGAGACUCUUCCUUGAUAGAUUCGUCUUUCAAAGGAUAGCUGUCUGGCUUUCGAGCACCGCGUCUACUGCGCCUAUUAAAAUGAACGAUGCUUCUACUCUUGCUAAGCUCGUAAAAUGCAAGGAGUCUCUGUGGAAGCUCCUGUAUUACGGUGCUUGUGACAUAUUCGUUCUCAAAUUCGUUUUUCACGAGCCAUGGGCCACAGAUGUCAAACUCUACUUUGAAGGUUGGCCUAAUCAAGAGCUGAAGCUUCCGAUAAAGCUGUACUAUAUGUGUGAGUGCGGUUUCUAUAUGUAUGCUGUUGCUGCCUUGCUUGUAUGGGAGACCAGAAGAAAAGAUUUUUCUGUUACGAUGUCUCACCAUGUCAUCACCAUCAUCCUCCUUGCCUACUCCUACUUAACCAGUUUUUUCAGAAUUGGAGCAAUCAUCAUAGCCCUUCACGAUGCAAGCGACGUGUUUAUGGAAACUGCUAAAAUUUGUAAGUACUCUGAAAAGGAAUUUGGAGCGAGUGUUGGUUUUUCACUCUUUGCUCUCUCUUGGCUACUUCUUAGGUUGAUUUACUUUCCAUUUUGGAUCAUCAGGGCCACUAGCAUUGAACUCCUGGAUCAUUUGGAUAUGACAUCAGGUGAAGGCACCAUCAUGUACUAUUCCUUCAACACACUGUUACUGAUGCUUCUUGUUUUCCACAUAUAUUGGUGGUAUCUCAUUUGCGCAAUGAUUGCAAGACUACUUAAAAACAGAGGACAAGUUGGAGAAGACAUAAGAUCCGAUUCAGAGGAUGACGAAUAGACACUUUCAAAGCAUGACAGAUACGGAACAUGUUUCCACUUCUCCAACUAAACUCUGUUGCUGCUGAUGAAUUUGUUCUCAGUUUCAGCACCUUCUUGAUUAGAGUUGGAGGUUAAAAAAAAUAAAGAGGAAAGGUUAUAGUUUUCUUUCUUUAGUUUCUGUUUGAGAAAUAUAAAGAAAAAAUAGAAAGUCAGGUUUCUUGUGUUGUUGUUCUAUGAUGUGGUAUAAAACGAUGUGGAAUCCACUUUGUAAAUGCGAAUUCCUCUUUGUAUGGUUUCCUAUUCCAUAGCC